AUGACGCAAACUGAAGCACAAGAAGAGCGGAACCAUGAUCUUACAACGGCCCGUAGCUACACACCACAACCGUCUCCGUCACCUUCGAUGAGCAACAAAUUGAAAACCAUCUUCGGCAAAAUCAAACGUAGCAAUAGUGGCACAUUGGAUGAUAUGACAAACAAUGAAGGAGAGUUUAAACGUGGUGGAGUUCGAGCAACCGCUAGUGCCCGUCUUGGUUGGAGAAGUACAGUUCCGUAUCGAAAUCCUGACAAACCAUUUAACGACUGGGAUUUAGAUGAAAUCUGUCUCUGGUUUGAUCAUCUUGGACUCGAUAUAUAUGAAGAACAAUUAAGGGAAUGGCUUAAAAAGAGUACAGAGCCAGCACCUGAUCUUAUAAGAGCAUCUCCAGUGGAUUUUGAGAAAGAAUUAAGUUUACGUCAUGCAUUACAUCGAAAGAAGAUAAUUCUAGCUGUUGCGGAUGUUUCAGGAAAAACGGACGACGAGUUAUUGAAAUGUGCUGGAAUGUUAGAUACUACAUGGGUUCUGCGAUGGUUAGAUGAUGUUGGAAUACCUCAAUACAAAAACUCUUUCACUGCAGCUCGAAUGGAUGGAAGAAUGCUUCAUAAACUGACGAUCGAUGAUUUAGCUCAUCUACAAAUAUCCUCCUGUUUACAUGUAUCAAGCAUUCGAUGCAGCAUUCAGCUAAUGCGUCAAGAAAAAUGGCGUCCCGAAUGUCUUAUUCGUCGUACAUUGCCAUUGGAUUCCAUUAUCAAAAACGAUGUGAGAUUAUGGACCACUCAACGUGUCUGUGAAUGGCUGCGUGUGGUGGAUUUAGCUGAAUACUCGCCCAAUUUAAACGGGUUUGGUGUACAUGGGGCAUUCAUGAUUUUUGAAGUCAAAUUCACUGCGGAGCUUUUUGCUGAUCUCCUUAAAAUACCGACGAGUAAAACGUUGCUACGUCGCCAUUUGGCAACCCAUUUUAAAGAUCUGUUAGGUCGUGAAAUAAUACAAGUCAAACGAGAAGCUGAAAACACACUUGGAUUUCAACCAUUAACAAUUACGGCUAAGAUAAAGACACCAAAAAAAUCUCAAUUUUCUUUGAAAAGAAAAAAAAGCACCAAAGGAAACUCAUUGGAAGGAGAUGAACGGACUGAUUAUGUUUGCCCAAUGAGAGUUUCAGGCCAUUAAUAAUUUAAAACGAGGAAAAAUAAUAAUAAACCAUGUAAUGAGAAUAUAGUCAAAAAGGAAGGAAGGAAGGAAAUAAAAGUAAUUAUUUACGAUAAGCCGUUAGUACACCACUAUAGUACAC